CUGCAGACUGACGAUUUUUACUAAAUUGACGACGUCUCAAAGCAGUUUCCUGGGAAAUUUUAUUAUUUGCCAACUUGCAGCGAAUGAAGCUAUCAACAAAAUGUUCUGACGGCGUUAUUUGUGCAUGAUACAGUGGGUUAAAAUUGCGUUUUCCAUUGAGCUCAUUCCGUAUCACCGUCGCACCGCGCCGCCACUGCCUUUCGUUGUUAAACCUUGUGUACGGCUGGCCUCAUCGGACCCCGUUGCUGCAUCAUUCUCGGUGCACAACGGGACAACAAAUUACUACUAGUUUGAGCAAAGGUGUUAGAAGUGUUUUGAUCUAGCAGCCUCAAUCGGCUUGGCAUCUGAAAAUGUCCAAAACACUUAAACGACCGGUAGCUGGGAUACGUCCCGGUUGCUACAUCCCGAAUCGCCUGGAAGAACGAAGGGCGAGGAACCGAAUUCUAAGACAGGAACGGCGCCGGAAGCCCGAUAAGCCCGACGACUUUGUCACGUACGAAGAUAGCGACAGCGAGGAAGAAACCCCGAGCCAGCAGAACGAGGUCCUCAGCACAUCGUACAACUUUGUAGACUACAUAAGAAGCAGAGAAUCAGACUUGCGGGAGGAAAGAUCGAUCGAUCCGGCGUACGCCAGUCGUCACAUCUUGACUCACGAUAUGUUUAAGGAAACGCCGAUCUCGCUGGGUAACAUCAACAAGGUGUUCUGCUCGCAGUGGCUCAGCAACCGACAGGUGGUGUUCGGCACCAAGUGCAAUAAACUGAUGGUGUACGACGUGAACAUGCGAAGGGUGGACGCGAUACCGACGCUACCGAACAGUCGCGGCGCCAGCCCCGAUACCCAGUCCGGCAUUCAUGCCUGCCAGAUCAACCCUAGCCACAACUUGCUAGCGACCGGGGCGCGACAUUCAGCAGAUAUCGCCAUCUACCGAUUACCGACGCUCGAUCCGUUGUGCAUCGGCGAGAAUGCACACACGGACUGGGUGUUUGAUAUGUGCUGGCUGGACGAUCAGUUUCUGGUGACGGGAGCACGCGACAACAAUCUCGCACUGUGGCGGGUAAACGAAGAUCUGAUGGAGUUCCCGGUGGCAAAGGAUGGCGAGGAGGAACAGGAUGUGCCCACGUAUGCGCACAUUUCGCCAGUAUCGGUGAAACUAUGUCGUGGGGCGCAGAAGAUUCGAGCCGUGUGCUUUAACCAAGAAUACCGGGAGCUAGCUUUGCUAUCGCUUAACGGCUACAUGCAUCUUUUUAAUGCGGAGACAUUUUCGCAGAAGCUUUCCCGGAAGCUGCCAAACUGCCAGGAAAACGUUUGUAUCGCUUGCCAACCGAAUGGGCUCUACGCCGUCGGGUGUCGUUCUUAUACGCUCUUGUUGGAUCCUAGAACGUUGCAGGCAGUGAAAAAAAUUGCUUCCCGAUACAGUGGAUGUGGAAUCCGUUCGGCAAGCUUCCAGGGCAACAUCCUUACCAUUGGAACCGGCUUGGGGAUGCUUAUGUUUUACGACAUUCGGGCUGGAAAGUAUCUGGAAUCGUGCAUCAAUUCCUCACGAACAGUAGUACUGAAGGCGAGCAGAGGCUACGUGGCACAAUUUCCCGAUGAGGAAAUAGAUGGCUUCCAGCAAAUGAAGUACAUGCCGGCAAUUUACACGCACUGCUACGAUCGUAGCGGGACCAGAUUGUUUACCGCGGGCGGACCAUUACCAGCAACAUUGAUAGGAAAUUAUGCAGGCAUUUGGCAAUAGUGAUUCCGUUCAACUGGUACGAAGGCACAACAUGGGUGGGUAUCGAAUGCGCAUACGAAAAGCAUACUUUGUGGUAUCAACUGGUGAGUGGAGCGUUUUAGGAGGUAUUGAUUUUGGCUAAUUAGUUGCGACCAUUUUUAACACAAUGUUCAGUAGACUGCAAAAGUCUUUUUUAAAGUAUCAUCAACAAAAACGUGAGCAAUUAAAAUUUUACGUCGGAUACCCUAAUCAUAGCCAAUUUUAUGUUUACGGUAAAAGGUGCAUUUUUCCGAUUCUUAAAUCAUGACUAAGAAAAAAAGCUUUCCUUCCCAUUUCUUCGAAUUUCCCUCCUGAAAUGAGUGCAUGAUGUUCCUUGUUUUCGAUUUAACAUUAUCGCUCCUAUAACAUUGAUACCACUUAUGAUAUGCUCUUUGUUUAUCUCUGAUACUUCCACGAGAUUAUUAAACACCUAAAAAACGUUUAAUUAUUGUGCGAACCGGUAGCAAACAUCAACUAGCAAAUUAAUAGUGUACGUAAGAAAAGAUACAUUCGGAUCUUGACUAAUGACUUGUAGGUUUAGGAGAGCACAACCAAUAAACGGUAAUAUUUGAUAACAUAAUAGAUACCAAGACGAUAUGAAAGAAAUUGGUAGCAGUUUGAGAUGGUCAGUGAACAUGAGUGAUAACACAUGAAGAGAAAAACAUCUUUUGUCUCAACACAUUAUCAAUAGGGCUGAGUAAAAGGCAUUAGCUCAGGUUCAAUUUAAAGGUUGUUAACAAAAAAACAGUCCCAUCUCUUAACCAGUGGACCCACAAGCAAAGCAAGUGAUUAUUUUACUAAGUUAUUUUUACUUUGUUUUCGUACUUUGCAAAUCGUAUAGAGUUCUGCUAAUUUUAUAGACGGUUUUAAGUAAGUAAACUAUUUACGACAACUUAUCGAAUAAUACUGGACUAAAAGUUGUUAUGCGACCAUGAUGCAUACAAGCAUGGAGCAUUAGGAGAAACGAAAGUAAAAAAUCAACAUUUCAUUUUAUCUAGCUAAAAAUGCUCAAGGCGAUUCGCUAGUUAAACAACUUGAAGGCAAUUGCAUUGCAGUAAAGGGUUGGUUUUGCCUUGCGAUUUUUCUUUUAAGUGUGUUAUAAUAUUUCGUUCCCUCGACAUACAUUUGUUCAGAAUGCCCCCGAUAAAUGUGUACAUAGGAUAAGUUAACGUUUUCAAUAAAUCUG